AGGCUGCUUUAUUAAUUAAUAAAAAAACGGACAACCACACAUACACAUACAUACAGGGCCUAGUAAAGAACCGAGACAACUACCACAUGGACUCUCUCCCGAGUGGAGGUACUUCAAAGGUGCAUGACCACGAGGGAGUAUUGUUGCAUAUCGUUAAAAAUCCACACGCAAUCCAUACGGAUUGGAAAACCGAUUUACUUCACAGAAAACGUGACGAGAGACCGCAGAACCAUCAGUAGGAACUGCUCGCUGAAUGGUCGCUUUCAUAAACAUUUUUUUUUUGUUUUUAGAGCGAAAUCCUCGAAAAGAAACUUUAUUUUACUGAAUAUAUAAGUAGUUAACGAUGCUUGCAAAGAGUGUUCUGCUGCUCCUAUUGCUCUUGCUAGCUCCAUCAUGUGCACACGUGGGUACUCCAGUGCUUCUCUGGAAAUCAAGUAGUGGACGCGGUGACCUGACCCUUCCUGACCUUCAGAGAGCCUCGCCGACAGAAGAAGUGUCCCAGUUCUACCAGUUCCUCAAUGCGAUGGAAUCUGAGCUUUUGGUCAUCUUCCUCAUGAACGAGCUCAAUGUCGAAGACUUCAGUGGGUAUCCAGACGCGCUCUCGCAACUUCAAAGCGAGUUCGAGUCCAGUGAGCACGUCUUUGCACCAAGCAUGCCUUCAGUGGAGAUGGAGAGGCUCACUUCCUUCCAAAUCAUCAACGUCAGCGCCAGCGGUCCGUCAGCCAUCCGUCUGGGGGAUAGCAUCACCAAGACCCUGCUUCUUGUCAACCUCAAGGACCGGUCAGCUGCAGACAGACGCGAGGCCCUGCUUCAAGUGGACGACGCCAUUGAACAUGUGCUUGAACAAGUGCGACGUCUCACAGAUAACUACGUGGCUAUGCUUACUGGACGUUACACAAGCAUUGGUGAAGAUAUUGAAUCACGUUCCAGUCGAAGCCUGAAGGCUUCUACCCCCGACAAAGCCCCCGACAAGCCGACGACCCCACAUCAUCUCUUCCUCAACCUCGGCUGCAUCCUGCUGUACACAUCAGACUCGCCGGUCAUCCACUUCAUGUCCAUGAAGGCGGCCACCUCUCAGCACCCUCUGCUGCUGCCGCUCGGUUCUCCGAGCUCCAACGCCAGCAGCUGCAACGGCAGCGACGUCAACAGCGCCAUCAUCGUCUGGCAGCACGCCAACAGCUCGUCUGUCGACCUCGCUGGCGUCACGCUGAACCUCACCUUCCGGGCGAACAUGACCCGGCCCGGCGGCACCGAUGUCUCCUUCUGGACGCUGAGCGAGGUCACCCUCUCCUACGCCGGCAACGUGGACGACAAGGCCAUCAGCAAGGCGGUGGUGACGCUGGACUUUGACGACGUGUACGCGCCGCGUCACUUCUCGUACCACUGCACCAGCCGCAUGUGGGCGGCUGAGCCGUCAGCCAACGCCACCGACAACGACGCGCCAGUGUUGACUGCCAUCCAGCUGCCGGGAUUUCAGGUCCAGGCGUUCCUGGCGAAGGGCGCGAAGGCUCGCUUCGGCCGCGCCUGGGACUGCACCACCUUCUUCACCAUUCCGAUCCUAUCCGGGCUGUUCGUCACGCUGCUGAUGCUGCUUAUCCUGAUCAUCUCCGUGAAGAUGCUGAUGAACGUGCCGACCAUGGAUCGAUUCGACGACCCCCACGGCCCGCUGCUGAUGGCCCACCUGCCGUUAGCGAGUGAGUGAGCUUGUCGGCAAUCGAGGUCUGUCCGCCAGAAAGUGAAUGGCCUAUCAACGAGUGAGCUCUGCUCUCCAGCGAGUGAGGUCUCCCAGUCAGCGAGCGAUGUCUGACCGCCAGGAAGUGAGGUCUGCGGGUGAGACUUCCCUGGCAGUGUGUGAGGUCUAUCCACCAGGGAGUGACCUCUGGUCGCCAGCCCGUUAUGUUCGCCCUCCGACAAGUACGUUUGACAAACCCGUAUGUCACAGAUAGGGGCUUCAUAGAGAAGAGAAAUGCGUUGUAAAGGCGCUCUUCUUCAGCACGUUGAUCGUACAUUGUUCUUUCGUGCAUUGGAUUAAGUUCAGUGUGCCUGAUACGUUUUCAGUGGGUAUAGUUCGUGCAGUGAGUACAGUUCAGGAUUGAUGAUGUAUGUAGUUCCCUGUAUUGUGUGUAGCUCACAGCACAGUUCCGUGCUCUGUGCUCGGUUCCUUUUGCUCAAUGCCUCCAGUGUCGUUCGCUGUUGUGUGGGGGCGUGUCUGCGCUGCAUUGUAAGCCGCGGUGCCUUGUUCCGAGCCACAGCGUUUGUAUGAUUUAUGCCGUCUGGUUGCCUGCGGGCACUCAGUUUGUCACACUUAUGCCGUGUGAAGAAAUAAUACUAAUAAAACAUGAUGAACGUUCACGUA